CAACAAAGUCAAAACGCAACACUCCAUAGAGACUAUGGGUCUUUGGCACGUCCCCAGUAGUAGUAGUUGUUCUCAAAGGUUUUACCACCUUUUGCUCUUUCAUGUGCACCCGUUCUGGAUCCAACUCGUGUACUUCCUCUCCAUCUCCCUCUUCGGUUUCAUGAUGCUAAAAGCCCUGCCCAUGAAAACCAGCGCGGUCCCAACACCCUCGGGCCUGGACCUGAUCUUCACGUCUGUGUCCGCGACGACAGUGUCGAGCAUGGUCGCCGUCGAGAUGGAAUCCUUCUCCAACUCCCAGCUCCUCCUCGUGACCCUCCUGAUGCUCCUCGGCGGCGAGGUGUUCACAAGCAUGCUCGGCCUCCACUUCACCUACACCAAGCUCAAGAAGAGAGAAACACAAAUACCCCAUGAUCUCGACGGUAAUAACGGAUCACCGCCGCCAUCGCCUAGCUUAGAGCUCAGAACCAUGGGAGGAGGAGCCCCAGCUGCCGUCGCCGCACUAGAACAAAUGGAGACAAGGUUCAAGAACAACCUUGAUUUCACAUCCAUUGCUAGGACUAGGAUGCUAAUGUUUGUGGUGUUGGGGUACCAUGUGGUGGUGCACCUCGCCGGCUACACGCUCAUGCUAAUCUACCUCAGCGCCGUCACCGGCGCGAGGGAGGUGCUCAUUGGUAAGAAGAUCAACCCGAGCACCUUCUCCAUCUUCACCGUCGUCUCGACGUUCGCGAACUGCGGCUUCGUGCCAACGAACGAGGGGAUGGUGUCCUUCAAGUCCUACCCGGGCAUGCUCCUCCUGGCCAUGCCGCACGUCCUCCUUGGGAACACGCUCUUCCCCGUCUUCCUCAGGCUCUCCAUUGGAGCGCUCGAGAGGGUCACGAGGAGGCGAGACCUCGGCGAGCUGCUGGUCAGCGGAGGAGGAGGAGGAGGACCUGGACGAGCUGCCGCCACUUCCACCAUAGGGUACGACCACCUGCUGCCGGCUGCGCGCACGUGGCACCUGGCGUUCACCGUAGCGGCACUCGUGGCGGCUCAGCUGGUGCUCUUCUGCGCCAUGGAGUGGGGCUCCGACGGGCUGCGGGGGCUCACCGCGUCCCAGAAGCUCGUCGCGGCGCUGUUCAUGUCGGUCAACUCGCGGCACUCCGGAGAGAUGGCCGUCGACCUCGCCGCCGUGUCGUCCGCCGUCGUCGUGCUCUAUGUGGUUAUGAUGUAUCUACCACCUUACACCACAUUUUUGCCCGUGCCGGUGGAAGACGACCACCAGCAUAGGGAGGCACAGUCCGACGAGAAGAGCAAGACCACCACCAGCAAAAAUAUUUGGCAGAAGCUGCUCAUGUCGCCUCUCUCGUGCCUCGCCAUCUUCAUCAUCGUCAUCUGCAUCACCGAGCAGCGGCAGAUCGCCGACGACCCAAUCAACUUCAGCGUCCGCAACAUCGUCGUCGAGAUCAUCAGUGCGUAUGGCAACGUGGGAUUCAGCACCGGGUACAGCUGCGGUAGGCAAGUGAAGCCCGACGGCAGCUGCAGGGACGCCUGGGUCGGCUUCUCCGGGAAGUGGAGCAGGGAAGGGAAGCUCACGCUCAUGGCCGUCAUGUUCUAUGGCAGGCUCAAGAAGUUCAGCAUGCAUGGGGGUCAGGCAUGGAGGCUGGGCUAACGGUUUUAAAAUUCUAUCACAUAUGCGCGCGCGUUGUACAUUUCUCUCUACGCCCCAUCCUAGCAGCUAUAGAUCUACUGCCUGAUUCCGAAGAGUGGCACUUGAACUAGGAUGGAAUCGUGUGAAUGUAUCACCAAGGCUAGUGAGGAUAACGAGAUGGUGCAAUGAACCAUGACGAUAGCAGGCUCGUUUGUGGGCUAUUGUGAGCUGCCUAAUUUUGCUCCUCUGGUUCCGGACCAACAUUGGGAGGUUCUGGUCAACACUUCAUGUCUGUCCAAAAGGGAAGGAGGAAGAGAGGACCAUGGUCAUAUCAUCUGAGAAUAACAGAUUGGGACAUGAUUUUGUGUACUGCUCGUGCUUGAAAAGGAAUGGUUAUGGAUGAGUGGAUGGCAGAGGAAAAUCCCAUUCCAGGAUACAUCUUGUGUUCUGUUUUAGCAGCACAGCACAAAGUCCUGAAAAGCGUCUUCUCUUCAUGAAUUGGGUGGUACGGCGGCAUUGCCAUGGAAAGAAGGGGACACAGCACAAAGGGAUUUGGAUUUAGUGGUACCGAUUACUCGUCUUCAAGAAGAAAUCUCUAGGUCUGACAUUAGUUGCACCUAGCAAUGGCCUUGUCGAAUGGACUGGUUUGAAUAAUUCAUAUAUAAAAAUCUAUGAUUUAUGCUUUACUGUUUGAACUAUGGCCGUGAUGGUGCACGCA